UGACGACAAGGGUGUAAUUCACAGAGGAAAUUGUACAAAGAACAAGCACGCUGACGUAUGAACCAAUUGUUAAGUGAAAGUUACCUUGGUAAUGUCCAUGGUGAGCCUACCAUUGAGGGAUAUCAAUACUGUAUGGGCCUGAAAAGAGCCUUUGAGUCAUUGAUAUUAGAAUGAUAUAGGUCAUAUAUUUUAGUGGUUGGAUGCAUUGCUGUGGGUAUUAGUUACUGUGCUGAUAAUGGCCAUUUUAAAGUGUUUGACUCAUGCUAAAGAUGUUUAUGGUAAAAGGCCAUACAGAUUGAUGAGUGGGAUAACAUCAUGAUUAUUAAAAAUUAAAAAAAAUAAGCAAAUUUCUGGCUGAAACAAAUUUUGGCAGUUGCAUUAAUGUUUAUGUACUGAUGCCUUCAAUGUUAAUUAUUUUUCAAAUAAAGCAAGUUACCUUAAGUAUCAAACUUAAACAAAGUAUUCUUUUGUUAGAGAGGCCUGUGGUUCUGGACAGAGGUUUUCUGCAAGUAUUUACUCUUUGUGGAUAAUCUAGUAGAGGAAAUUAAUAAUAUUUUUCAAAUAAACAGGAAUGUUAGACUAUGGAAUAUGAUAUACAACUUAUCUGCUGUUCAUGUAAAAUUACUGAAAUUGAAAGGAAACACAUCAUGAGAAAACAGAGGAAAAAAACAUGUGUAUGACAGCAUAGAGCCUGUUGCCAAAGAAAGGUUUCUAGAAGACAUUUAAAGAAAAUAUUUAGCUAUGGACGCUAGAAAGAAGAAAGGAUUACUUUCUCAACUCAAUGAGAAAUUAGUGAAAGCCAGAUCAGUUGAAUUGUGUAUUAACCAGUUUAAGACGAAAAUAAGAGAAGGCCCUCAUUUUAUAUGUACAGCCUUUCUGUACUGUCUGUAAUCGAUUACUUUAUAAGAAAUCAGUAAUUACAUGCCUAGACAAGAAGUAUCCUUGCCAAACAUAUUUCAAUAUUCAACCGUCAUUUUAUGGGAAACAGUAUAUAUGCAACACAUGUCAUUCAAAGGUCAUAAAAGGAAAUUUACCGUGUCAGGCUGUAGUGAAUGGGAAUAUGUAUGUGGAUGAAAUACCCACAGAACUAUCCUCAUUAGAAAAACUAGGACAAAUACGAAUAGCUCAACAAAUAGUAUUUGAGAAGACUGUGGUCAUGCACAAAGGACAACAGAGAAAAAUUAAGGGUGCAAUAUGCAAUGUACCUGUAGAAUGUGAUCGGACAUGUAAUCAACUCCCUCAUCCACCUGAUAGAUCUUGUAUAAUAAUACUUAUUUACCUUAAAAGAAAGUUACAAUCUAGAGGACAUGUUUAUUUUCAAGCAUCACGACCAGAGUUAAUACAGCAAGUUCUUAACUGGCUCAAAGUACAUAAUCAUUGUACAAAGAUAUACUAGUUGAUAUUAACAAUAUUGAUAGCAACCUCACAACUUUAUAAAAUGAUGCAGACGAUAAUGAUACACAUCAACAAGCUACAUCAAACAAUGUAACAACAGAUAGUGGUCCUGCAUUGGAGUAUGAUCGAUGCAAGAGUAAAUGAUAAAUUAAAUAGU